UGUUGAUUAUGACAAACAUCAAUGGCGGAUAUGCUGUGACUUGAGGGUUGUUGCAAUUCUUUGCGGAUUGCAAACCGGAUACAUUAAAUAUAUGUGUUUUAUCUGCGAUUGGGACUCCAGAUAUAAAGGCGACCAAUAUACAAACCACAAAUGGCAGAGCAGAGAAUCGAGCAAACACGUAAAUGCCAAUGUAAUUCAAGAUCCUUUGGUGCCACAAGACAAAGUUAUAUUACCUCCACUUCACGUGAAACUUGGAAUAGUCAAAAGUUUCCUGAAAACUAUGGCUAAGAGGCAAGAAGUUUAUGCGGUUUUGGCACAAAUUUUCCCUCGACUUAGCGAAAGCAAAUUGAAAGAAGGCGUUGUGAAUGGCCCAGACAUUCGAAAACUGGUGAAAACUGAAGAAUUCGACAAUGUUUUAAUUGACAACGAAUUGACUGCUUGGCGUUCCAUAAAAGAGGUCAUUGAGGGCUUAUUAGGGAAACAUCGGUCUGAACACUAUCAACGUUAUGUGCAUAUCAUGUUGGAUGCGUUCUCCAAAAUUGGUAUUAAUAUGUCGCUGAAAAUUCACUAUUUGCGUCAUCAUCUAGAUUACUUCGGUCGACAGUUAGCCACCGAGUCAGAUGAACAAGGGGAACGUUACCACCAAGUAGCCGUGCCAUUUGAAAUGAGAUAUAGAGGAAAACAAUCGCCCGACGCAGUUCUUGCAGAAAUUUGUUGGUGGAGCAAAAAUGUGUUUGAAGAUGAAGAAGAAGAAGGAGGUGUCUCAGAAAGAGAAACCGAAAUUUUGGUAGAUUCAGACGCGGACACUGACGAUGACAGCGAUGGUAUCGACGAUUUACCACUCCAAUUGGCACCAAAAAGGAUACUUUACCAAUUGGACGAGAACAAAUUCAAANGAGUAAAAACAGCUCCUAACGUGUGGCAACGAUUUAUGGAUCAAAUCCUACAAGAGUUGAACGGCGUAGUGUGCUUUUUCGACGAUAUAUUAGUCCAAGGAAAAACUAAAGAAGAAUUUCUUCAUAAUUUGGAAAUGGUAUUUCAAAAGUUAAGGGUAAAUGGACUACAUUUGAAAAAGGAGAAAUGUCAAUUUCUUGUGGAUUCUAUAACGUACUUGGGACAUAAAAUUGAUAGAACUGGACUUCAUCCUACUCAAGACAAAAUAAAAGCCAUUAUAAACUGUCCGAAACCAACGAGUGUAUCUGAGGUGAGAACAUUUCUGGGACUGGUGAAUUAUUAUCAAAAGUUCCUACCGAAUGUGUCUAGCAAAUUGGCACCUAUUUAUGCUCUACUCAGGGAGGACACUAAAUUCUGUUGGUCAUCGAAAUGCGACAAGGUGUUCAAACAGUUGAAACAAGAGAUUGCUAGUGACAGGGUUCUUACACCUUAUAACCCAGAGCUACCACUUUCGAUUGCAACUGAUGCUUCACCAACUGGUUUGGGAGUGCGAAUGCUGAUUACUUAUCUCGAUUUUCAAGACCAAAUUACGGAAAGGACGAACAUUUGGAUAUGGAUUUAA